AUGACUAGAAGCAUCAGUCGACAACUGGCACCUGACGAGCUUCCAAGAUCACUUGUCAGUCUAUGGGAAGAACAUGGCCGUCAAGGCCGUGAACCAGACCAAGAAGAGUUCUCAGCAGUUCUCAAUGGUGUCAUUAACAGUCAUAAGGUAGAUCGUUUAUUUAUAAUUUUUGACGCCCUCGACGAAUGUCCUGAUAACGAGAUUCAGGAGAGGGAUUUACUGUUUCAGGUUCUGAAGGGUCUCAUUGGCGAGCACGGGAAAAACCUCCAUCUUCUGGCAACAAGUCGAUUCGAAGAAAAUAUUCGCUGCCACCUAGAGGAGGGGUUCAAAAUAGAUCUUGAAGACCGAAUGAAUGAUGACGUCGAGGCUUUUGUCCGCAAUGCACUCGAUCAUGGAAAGCUGAGCAGAUGGAAAAAAGAAAAGGGGGUCCAUGAUCAAAUUUUGGCGAAGCUAUUGGACACAAAGGAACCAAGACGUUUUCGCUGGGCUGACCUACAAAUCAAACGGCUCGAAAAUGCAAAGAAAAAGGGAUUAAAUCACGGAAUCACCUGA